CCGAAACAAAUAACAACUGAAAGAAGCUGUAGUACAAGCUUGAAAAAGCAUCCCAAAAGAAGAAUGUAACAGUUUGGUGGCCAGUGGUUCACUGGAUUGAUGCAGUUAUUGCAAACUAGGGAUUAUGCAACCAAAUAUUUAAUGUAAUUUACUUUGACUAUCUGUUUCAAUACUUUUGCUCACAUAAGAAUUGAGUGGUCUGCCACCAAAGGUGCAAUAUUUAAGCAAUUUCACAAAUCUACAUGUAAAUAUCAGGAAAUUAAAGCCGAAUGACUUCAGUGCACCCCAAAGACAAUAUAACUGGGCUUGCCGUCCCAAUACUUUUGGAAGGCAUUGUAUGGGGACUCUCUUAUGAGAAGAAACAGUACAGGGAGGCAACAAAGAACAACUUUAGGCAGCCAGGUGCGAUUUUAUACGUUAUGUGUGUGUGAUUAUCCAAGUCGAUGAUGAACGUAUAAUAAUGAAUUCUCCUUUUCAGCGUUUAACACAAGACCCGCCCACUUCGAUCUGAUUGACAGGGUACGCUCCUGACGGAUCCUCCUUCCAGCACGCGCUCUCUCGCUGCUUCAUACGGACCAAGUUUGCGCACCGGGGAUGCGCGAGCAGCCUGAACAUGGCUCUCCACCGGAUUUACUCAUCUCUUUUUCUUUUUCUUUUUCACACUUUACUAGACUGUCAAGCACUGAGGAACUAUCCGGAUAAUGAAGUUACCCUUCUGGACUCCAUGUCAGCUCCAGGGGAUCUGGGCUGGGAGGCCUACCCAUCAGAAGGGUGGGAGGAGAUCAGCGUGAUGGAUGAGCGUAACAUCCCCAUGCGCACGUACCAGGUGUGCAACGUGAUGGAGGCCAACCAGAACAACUGGCUGCGCACAGCACUGAUCCCACGUGCUGGUGCCCGCCGUGUUUAUGUUGAACUCAAAUUCACACUGCGUGACUGCAACAGCCUUCCUGGUGUGCCCGGAACCUGCAAGGAGACAUUCAAUGUCUACUACCAUGAAUCGGAUGGUGCUGUACCACCCCCACCACUACGGCACGCUCGUGAGAGCCAGUAUGUCAAAAUUGAUACGAUCGCAGCAGAUGAGAGCUUCACCCAGAGCGAUGUUGGGGAGCGUGUCAUGAAGCUCAACACAGAGGUGCGCCACAUUGGCGGACUCAGCAAGCGAGGCCUCUACUUAGCAUUCCAGGACCUGGGUGCCUGUAUCGCCCUCGUAUCGGUUCGUGUGUUCUAUAAGCGAUGCCCGCUGGCCGUGACGAACUUGGCACUUUUCUCUGACACGGUGACGGGUGGAGACCAGGCACUGGUGGAGGUGCGAGGGUCCUGCGUGAAGGACGCUGAGGAGCUGGAGGCACCACGCAUGUUCUGCAGCGCAGACGGAGGCUGGCUUGUGCCUAUCGGACGCUGUGUGUGCAGGCCUGGGCUUGAGGAGACCGAUGGGCAAUGUCAACCCUGUAGGCCUGGCUUUUACAAAGCCUCAGCCCUGGAUGCCUACUGCAUGAAGUGUCCACCACAUAGCUACUCUCAUCAGGACAAGGCUUCAGAGUGUGUUUGUGAAAGGGGCUACUAUAGAGCCGAAACUGACCCUCGCUCCAUGGCCUGCACAAGGCCCCCGUCAGCACCAGGCAAUCCCAUCUCCACUGUGAACGAGACAGCGGUGACUUUGGAGUGGAGCCCGCCACGGGACACUGGAGGCAGAGGGGAUAUAACCUACAGUGUCCAUUGCAGGAAGUGCUCAGGCUCUGUGGGGGAGAUGGUUGAGAAGUGCAUGCCCUGCAGUGCUCACUUCAGCCCACGCCAGUUUGGCUUGGCUCACCCCAGAGUUCAGGUCAGCGAGCUCCAGCCUCGAACCAACUACACGUUUAGCAUCGAGGCAGUGAAUGGAGUCUCAGAUCUCAGCCCAAGCCCUCGACACCUAGUGAAUGUCAACAUCACCACCAGCCAGACAGUGAGUGUGAUUGUUAAGGAGAGGAGGAGCAGGGACAGCAUCACCCUGGCCUGGCAGGGUCCAGAAAAUUCCGAUGGUGCCAUAGUGGAGUACGAAGUCACCUAUUAUGAGAAGAAUCAGCGAGACCAGAACUACACAGUGCUAAAGACCAAAUCCAACAUAAUGACAGUGGAGGGCCUGAAGCUAGGUACAACUUAUGUGUUUAGGGUCCGUGCUCACACUGACAGAGGCUACGGCAACUAUGGAGGAGAGAUUGAGCUGGAGACAAGGCAUGAAGACAUGUUGGCAGUGGGAGAUCCAAACCAGAAGACUAUCUUGGCUGUGUCCAUUGCUGCUGGUGUAGUACUCCUCAUCCUUCUUGUGGCCUGCUUUGUGGUCAGUGGCAGGCACUGUGGCUACAUCAAAGCGAAGCAAGACCCCGAGGAAGAGAAAAUGCAGUUCCAGCACAGCCGCGUCCCACUACCCGGAAGCAGAACGUACAUUCAUCCUCACACGUAUGAGGACCCGAAUCAGGCAAUACGGGAUUUCGCCAAGGAGAUUGACGUCUCCAACAUUCGCAUAGAACGAGUGAUCGGAGCUGGUGAGUUUGGAGAGGUGUGCAGUGGACGUUUGCGUCUGCCCAGUAAAAGGGAGAUCCACGUGGCCAUCAAGAGUCUGAAAGCAGGCUACACGGAGCAACAGAGGCGGGAUUUCCUCAGUGAGGCAAGCAUCAUGGGCCAGUUUGACCACCCCAACAUCAUCAGACUGGAAGGGGUUGUUACCCGAUGUAAACCUGUGAUGAUAAUAACAGAGUACAUGGAAAAUGGAUCAUUGGACUCAUUUCUGAAGAAACAUGAUGGCCAGUUUGCAGUGAUUCAGCUUUUGGGCAUGAUGCGUGGCAUUGCUGCGGGGAUGCAGUAUCUCUCUGAAAUGAACUAUGUGCACCGAGACCUUGCAGCAAGAAACAUUUUGGUAAAUAGAAAUCUGGUGUGUAAAGUGUCUGACUUUGGACUGUCCCGCGUGCUGGAGGACGACCCAGAUGCAGUGUAUACUACCAGGGGGGGAAAGAUUCCUAUCCGGUGGACUGCUCCAGAGGCCAUAGCCUACAGGAAGUUCACUUCAGCUAGUGAUGUGUGGAGUUACGGUAUCACCAUGUGGGAAGUCAUAUCCUAUGGGGAGCGGCCAUACUGGGAGAUGUCUAAUCAGGAUGUGAUAAAGGCCAUAGAUGAGGGCUACAGGCUGCCAGCACCGAUGGACUGCCCUGUGGUGUUGCACCAGCUCAUGCUUGGCUGCUGGGAGAAGAACCGCAGCGAUAGGCCUAAGUUUGGACAGAUUGUCAUCAAUCUGGACCAGUUGAUCCGCAACCCCAGCAGCCUGAAACAGCUGGCCAACAGCACGGUCUGGGAGGACCCAGUAACUCCAGAGCUUGGAUUUAGUAUAGUGGCUGACUGGCUGGACUCCAUUAAGAUGAGUCAAUACAACGAGCAUUUCUCCAAUGCUGGCUACAUCACUCUUGAAUCAGACCUCUAUGUCAGUGUCAGUGAACUUGGGAAGAUUGGAGUUGUGUUGGCUGGCCAUCAGAAGAAAAUCCUCUCAAGCAUUCAGUGCCUGCAUGUACAACAGCAUCAACAUCAGCAGCAGGGAACCCACGUGCAGGUAUAAAAUCUAGACUCCGGUUAAGCCGAACCUCCUCACUCCUAGCUCCAUCCUCAGACCGGUGUGUCUUCCUGUCCAUCAUUCCAGCCAGCCAAUCCCCGAUCAGCACUGAGAUCAACAACGCACAUCUGCCUGCCUUUUCUGAUUUGUGGCUAGGGUCAGGGGCACACAUCCAGGCAUCUGGGCAGUGUUAAAGACAGAGCCUCAUCACAGUCUGGAAGUGAGAAAAUUGCUCUGUGAUUUAAAGGAAGCACUGGGGAACCUCAUUUUAUACCUUUACUCUGAACAAGAGCUUCAGUAUGAAGAAGAGAGGACCACAUGUUGUAAAAAAACAACAACAACAACAACAACAACAACAACAACAACUUGUUUUGUAAUAAUAUGGAGGUCUGUUGACUUGAUGCUUUUAGUGUUGAUGUAGGUGGUGUAUGUGUACAACAGGUGGAUGGAUUUCUGCUAUAUGGCCACAGGUGAACUUAUUUAUGGUAGGGUAAUAGUAUUUUCCAGCAGGUGACAGAUACCUUGAAGCACUCACCACACACACACAGACUGGGAAUGGAUGCAUUGUCACACCAUAUGCCAUCCAGACUGUUGUCAUGAGAGUGGAGUGCAGAGUGCUCCUAUUCAAUUAACCUGUCAGAGGCAAAGGACAAUGGAGAGAUAAGAACCAACUGGAUACUUCAAAACCAUAAGGAUUUGACCAGGAAAUGUGUCACCUGUCUUCAAUUAUUUUCUUUUUUUUUUCUUGAUGAACUGAUAUUAAGAGACAUUUCUUUCACUGACACUGAGUUGGAUGUGUCUUGCUGUUUCAUGUGAUAUGAACAUCGUAGUGCUGUAUGUUCCCCUACUCACUCUUAGGAGUAUCAUCAUGCAGUACUUUAGCCGCUGAAGCACAGAAAUAUUUGUUGAAAAAAAAAAAAAUUUUCAGUCCCUGUGUCAUGUUUCUCAAAAUGCCAUGUACAUAAUACCUUAUACUUAUUAAUGAUAGACUUCAGAAUAGACCUGUUCCAAAAAAGGGGUCUGGUAUCACAUUUAAAUUACAGUUCUGUUAAGGUGAAAGAAUGGGAAAAGGUUACGAUGUACAGUUGUUUGAUGUGCGUUUGUACAGCCAUGAUGUUGUGUCUCACGGAUUUUGUCGGUUGUACACUCAGACAAGGAGAUGCCUCGUUUCAAUGAUUUGAUGCUAGCUUUGGACAGAACAGGAUUGUACAGUGAAUGUAAUGGAUGUGUUAGCUUUAUUGCAGGUCUGAAAAGCUAAACAGUUUCUCAGGUUUUUGUUUUCUCUCAUGUACAUUUUUUCAAGAAGAUAGUGGAGCUGAAUAACUGGAAGAA